AUGACCACCAUCCAGCCCUCCCGUCCGUCUCUCACCUCCAAUGACUCCGCCGUCCUCCAGGCGCUCUUUGACGCCGAAUCCUCUCCCUCUGCGGCUGUCACUAUCGACCCUUCUCUACCUGCGUAUCCAGUCCACUUGAAUCUUCCAGGCCCGGACUCAGAGGCUUUUGAAUCUCUCAAACAGCGCGAGCUCUCCAUCGUGCGCUCCCUCCAACAACCUACCUCCACUUCCAAUACUACCACAACCACUCUCCCAUCCCAAACUAUCCACUCAGCAAUCCAAGACCUCGACGCCCUCAUCACCGAAUAUCCCACCUAUCCAUCCGCCUACGUCAAUCGCGCACAAGCUCUCCGUACCUUAAUCGACCACCAAUCCACUCCCCCCAGCACCAGCUCCUCAACCUCAAACCAAGAAGACCAGACCUCUUCUACCCUCUUCUCCCCCCAAAACGCCCCCCACACAACAACCCUCUUCAACGACCUCAGCCAGGCAAUAACCCUCUCUACGCCCCUCUCCCCCGCAGACCCGGCCUCGUCCACACAAGCGCGCAUCCUCGCAGACGCGCACACUCAUCGCGGAUACCUGCUUCUCCGCGCGGCGCGAUGGAAGCGCACGCAUCCGGACAGCGAGUCCGGGCCUGAGAAGCUUCGGGGUGUGGAGCCGGACCAGCUCGAGGAGAUGGCGAGUCGCGAUUUCUUUAUGGGAGGACGGUUUGGGAAUAAGGUUGCUCAACAGUUGGCCGUGCAGACGAAUCCGUAUGCGAAGGCUUGUGGGGCGAUUGUUAAGGAGGCGUUGAGGAAGGAGAUGGAGGGUGGGGAGGUUUGA